CCCUUUUACAGUAUUCACUGUCACAGAUACGUGUUUGAAACUUGAUUGUGAAUUAGGUAGACGUCAUUUUGGAUUAAAAUGAGCUUUAUAAUUAAGUGAUAUCUAAUAGAUUUAUUGUCGUGAACGGGAGUUUUGCAUAACUGACAAGUGUUUUUAGUGUUAAGUGGCCUCAGUGCGUGUGAACCGACUUAUUAUUUCAUGUAACUCAAGUUUUAUAAGGAAAUAAUGAUAACUGACAGUUUUUCUUAUUUGGGUGAAGUGCUGAAUAUAUAUGCGUGUGUAAGUUGGACUACAGAACUAACUGGACGCUAAGCGGCACAAGGUAUCUUUUGCAGAUGGAAUGGCUGUAAAUUCAGCCCUAGAAUCAGCUGAUACGUUUACAAGAACAAAACACCCUAAUGGUUCAACAAAUAAGCAGUGUGACACAUCACGACAGGAGCUCAUGCACCACAGAUUGGUACGCGGCUAGUCAUCACGGCCCAAGAAAACCGUCGCUGCGAGCCACGGUUUCUCCACCUGGGCUCAUUUUCUCACGAUGGACUCGGAGGAAGAGGACCCGGCAGACUGCUGACAAGGAAGAGUCACUUCCCUGAGUCCAGGGCAUGGACGCGAUGGGCUGCUGGCCGUCGAGUCUGUCGAGUCGAAACCACCAACAAAAAGGAAUCAAACCAUGGCGUUGGAAGUUGCCAGUCGUUAAUCCAGCCCUACCUUUAUCUUUGGCAUCGCCGCUGACAGUGCUUAUCCUGACACUCUGCUGUCUUAUAAGUGGACUUCUCGCUGAUGAUCCGUGCUCUGGACUCUGUGACUGUAAAUGGAAGAGUGGGAAGGAAACUGCAACUUGUGUCAACGCAAGAUUGACAGAGAUCCCGAAGGGGUUAGAUGCCGGGACACAGGUAUUGAAUCUGACAGGAAUCAAAUUAGGAAAUCUCGGGAGAGACGCCUUUAUUGAAGCAAAGUUAUUAAAUCUUCAAAAAGUUCAUUUAUCGAGAUGUCGUAUCAAAAAUCUUGACCGUUAUGCUUUUCGGAAACUAAUUAAUUUGGUUGAACUGGAUCUGAGCUACAAUUCGCUUUCUGCGGUUCCAUCUCAUGUCUUUGACUCGAUUCCAGAGUUGAGGGAGUUGAAACUUAGUGGAAACCCAAUACAGAGGAUCCUUAACGACGCAUUCAUACGUGUCCCAACGUUGGUACGCCUGGAACUGUCGGAGUGUCUCCUGGGAACAGUGGAAGUUCGAGCUUUUUCGGGAUUAGAGAAUACUUUAGAAUGGCUGAAACUUGAUAAAAAUAAACUUGUGAACGUGAAGUCUUCUACAUUCACUGCCAUGCAAAAUUUGCACGGUCUAGAACUCUCCGAAAAUCCGUGGAAUUGCACAUGCGAACUUCGUCCAUUACGAGAGUGGAUGUUCAGGCAGAACAUACCGUACGAUGUGCCUCCAGCGUGUACUCAUCCUUUAAGGCUCAAAGGAAAGCCUUGGGACAGGUUAGAUCUCGAUGAAUUUGCGUGUGUUCCCAAAAUAACAGCUCCCGAGGCAUUGACGACAGGAGUAGAAGGCCGAAAUGUCACAAUGUCUUGCAACAUUGGCGGCAUCCCAGAACCCCAUGUGAAGUGGUUUUGGAGGAAUAGAGUAAUUGCCAAUCUCUCCGGAGUUCCAUAUAGUAACGGUAGGAAAAUUUAUAUGGUUCAUGUUCAUGACUACACUAGUAACCUGACUAUUUUGGCAGCUGAUAUGCAGGACGCUGGGGUGUACGUUUGCACAGCUGAGAAUAAGGCAGGUAAAGUUGAGGCUAGCGUUACUUUGGCCGUAUUACGGCGGCCACCAGAGACGGGACUUUCCGGACGUGUGCUGGCCGCGAGCAUCAUUGUGGCGGCACUUUUCGUGCUUGCGUCAUGUCUUAUUGUGUUAUGCGUGUGCACUCUACGACGAAGACAACAAGCCGUUGGCAGUGGAAGAUGGCAAGGUCAGGUACAAAGUGGCAUGACUCGAGGUGGCCGUCGUAGAGACGACAGUUACGAAAAGAUAGAAAUGAACCAUAAAGAAUCAUCAAUGCUGAACCAUUCAGGAGGUGGUGUUGGGAGAGGAGUGUUACCAAAAAGUGGAAACAAUAUGUUGACAUCAGGCCAAAACGCUGAGGUUGCCGUUGUGAGCCCAAUGAUGCUGAAACAGCGAACGAGGCACGGUGAGUACAGGGGCGUACCAAAUGUUGACACCGACCUCGGGGAAGAUGAUGCAGAUGAUGAUGAUGACGAAGGGGGUUAUGAGGAAGAAUUAGAGACACCGACUCCCACAACCGUGGUGUCCAGCACGCGGGACUGCAAGACGUCGUGGAGUGGCCCACGGUCGUCGGAUGAUACGCAAAGUAGCCACAGUGAGAUUCGCAGCAGCGCUCUUUCGGACUCGGUCGACUUGCACAUCCCCAGAGGCGGCGUCAGCUACCUGGACAGCAGAGAAGACAGGCUUGGUUCCGACGAGACGAAUGCAGACUUCCCACAGCAGCAGCAAAGUGCGCACAACACUAACGUAACUCAACAACCGGCCCUAAGCAGAGCCUUGCUAAGAGAACUGGAAGACCUAACCUCACCGCACUUACUCCAGCAACACGUCAUGAGAAAACAGACAAUAGGCACCAGUGGGGGUAGUCUAUAUACCUCAGUUCCCCUAGAUAGUGACUGUGGAAGUGGAGCUGACAUUCGGACGGGUUCAGAAAAAAAUUACCCAGAUUUGUUAGAGAUUUCACCUUAUAAUUUAAACAGCGGUGGUGUUAGUGUGGGUCCAUUAAAGGUAACAGAUAGCUCUUUCUGUACUUUGCCUCGAAGACGAGGCGGUGCUUUUGAACGUGGUUCCAGUGGAAGAGGAAGUGCUCGGUAUUAUAGAGGUUCUGAGAGUCAGUCACCUUUGUUACCGGAGAGUCAGUACGGUAGCAGUGGUGGUGAAGGCAGUGGAGGAAGCAAUGGGUCUAUACCACGAAGAUCAUCUAUAGAAUCAUAUUCUUCGUACUAUCCACUCUCUGCAGCUUUCGGUGCUAAGAAACAUCCCAGCAUAGGACAACAAAGGUCAAGUAGCUCUAUGAACUUGGCAUCUCCGGCUGUCUCGUCGAUAACAACGGAAAAUAACUUAGGUAGUGAAGUGACGGUUCUUCCAGCGAGAAUAAGAAAAAACCCAAGUUUACCAACUUCUCCUGACCUUGAGAGACUUCCUGCUUCGAAGCCUACAGCUUCAGCGACACCGCUUUUAAAUUUAAUGACAUCUGACACUCUCGGUGUUGGCGAUUUCUUCCCCCCGUCUGCACCGUCUGCUGCCUCUGUACCUUCGACUGCAACAAACACAUAUGAUUACCAUGCAGCACAGCUUGAAAGGUUUCUAGAGGAAUAUCGCAGUUUACAAGAACAACUUUGUAAAAUGAAAGAAACCUGUGAGAACAUCCGUCAACAGGACCCCCCUGGCAGAACAGCUUCUGCAACAACUCCAAGCAUAUCACGGUUUGUGGAUCCUCUCAUGUAUACAACCGGGGUGACAACCCCUUCAGGAUCCGACGAUAGUAACAACCCUAAAUCAAUCCUAAAAAAUAAAUCAUCCGGCGUCGCCGUUACAGCAGCGUCGGCGUCUUCACCCAUGGGUAUUGUUGCAACUUCCCCUAUCGGCCUUGGCAGCUCGGGCGGUGCUGUAGACUAUGGAUCCGAUCUGCCACCGUACUGGUUGCCUAGAAACACGCUUCUCAGAAGAUUCAGUGGCGGUGAUUUCUAUCAGAGCUGAGACAAGUUCUAAACGUUGAAUAAAAUUUGUUGUGUUUCGUGGUUCAAAGAAUAACGCUAUUGGAGUGAUAAUAUUGUGAAUAUGAAUUGGCAUAUCAUAAGUAAGUUCCAGAGUUAGGAAAUAUAAUAAUUUCUUUGUUAUAAGAUUUAUCCGUAAGGAACAGCGUCGAUAUAUUGACAGACUAUAUCGAUAUGGCCCUCAAUCUAAUGUUCAUCCUUUAUCAGAAGAUGAUAACAGAAUAGUUGUUUUAUUACGAAUGCCGGAAUGCGACAUUAAUAUCCGUAAAAAUAUACUCUUAGCCCAUUUUAAACCAAUUAAAAGUGAAAUUAUUUUAAGACUGGGCAUUUGUAAUGAAUUCAUAUUAUGAUAUAUUAGACUUAAAGAUGAUGACAAUAUGAGACAUUACUUAUACAGAAUACCAUUGUUUAGAAAGACAUCCAAACAUUAAAUUAAUUUUAUUUUAUGGCUCUUCUUCAUAUAUUAAUAUUCCAUGUGGCGCAUAUAAACACUAAACAAACUAUAUAUAUCAUGUUUGUUAAAAUUUUUACGAAGUUAUAAUUUAAGGUUUGUAGUUUUCUAAAUUGACACUUACAGAUAUGUCUCAAAUAAUACUACAUAUUCCGAAGAUUUGGCUUUGACUAAACUGCAAUUUUCACCGCAGUAAUUUUCAUAUUUUUGUUCCUGAACGACUAAACCACGACGGAAAUACAUAAUUCAUUUCUUACUUUUCGAGUAUGAUAUAUUAUAACACAGAAAAUAGCCAACAAACAUCCACCUUCCAAUAACGAAUUGGCUCUAAAUAUGUUAAAUACGAUUAUUUUAUUAUCUUUAAAGGAAUUAUUCGGAGAACAAUGCAAAUAUCAAGAGUAUGCUUUCACAGAAAUAUCACUCUCAUAAUGUAACCUGAUGACAGGACGUUUUUGACGUGUUGGAAUUGGAAUCUGUUUGUGUUACAUUUGUUGUUGUUAAGCUGCCGAAGUGUUCCAAGUGCGUACCAGCUGAAAGAGUGUGUCGAUCGGUUGGGCAGUGAACUGAAAUAUUAUUAUGAGUGUUUUGAGCUCGGUUGUCAGUGAUGUUUCGUAAUUUCUAUCAGACACGAAAGAUUGAAUUGUGAACAAUAGACACCAUGUUUCUUUCGUUUAUAUGUUUGUCUGUAUGAAUGUGUUCCAUGCACUAUCACCUCUUGAAUCUUUUUUAAUCUCUUCCUUAUACACGACUAUAUAUAUGUGUUGGGGUCAUGAUUAACCAUAUCGACCCAAUACGGUUACAAACUUGAAAACCCCUUUUGCUUCACAAACAGCGGAUAGUAACAAAAAAUUGACUUCGAUUAUAAUUUAGCAAAUGCUAUAUAUUCUUGAAAUAUCUGUUCUUUUGUAUUGUUUGUCGUUUAACGUGGUUCGGUUACUACUCCAUGUUCUCUUUUAUUAUCCACUUACCAUGAUCUUUAAUCAGUGCUUUUUUAUUUUUAAGUCUCGGAAUUUUACACUUUCACACACAGUCACUUCGAAGAACUAAAAAUGUGUCAUGGUUAAUGUUACUACGUCAUCAGUAAAUUGAUGUACACAGCCAACUGUGGAGUUUAACUUCAAACAAAUUUUGUCGUAACUUUAGUCAUUAUUUUGCAUCUGAAUUAUAAGAGCUGUCAUCUGAACGUGCCUGAGCGAGAUCUGCAUCAGAAUAAUUUAUAUCACAGUGAGAUAUGAGGUUACGACCUUCUGGGGAUAUGGCGCUUUGUAUUCUGGUAAAAGGUUAAAAACAUCCCUCGAAAUCGUCGCUAAAUUACUAUCAGACUACACGGAGUCAGAAGAUCAUAUUCAUCAUCUGAUGUUAUGAUUCUAAUUCCUUGUGCCGAUAUUCUGGUAUUCAGUAUACUUCUAUAUAAUUUCAGAGUGCAUAUAUAAGAGUGGUAUAAAUAUGCAGAUUUGGAAGUAAAUUUUCAGAUUACGUAAUUCCGAACAGAAACGCCAUGAUCACUCUGAAAGUCGGAAAUAUUUUUAUUAUAAAAAAAAACGAAACAUUGCUGUUAAUAAUGAUGUUAAUAGUUGAAUAAAAGAAUGUACCCGAAAACUCUAUUAAACUUCUUAUGUUAAUGAUGCUCUUCACUGUAGCGUAGUUGGUUGA